CCCGAAUCAAGAUCCCAAGAAUCAUUUGUGCACCCCCAUUCGCCCCUUCUGAAGCAACGCGAAGAGAACCCUAGCCCUAGGAUCCUUGCCGCCGCCGUCUCCAGGUUCUCGGCGCCUCCACUUCUUCCCCUUCCCCCUGUCCGGAACCCAGGUAGCACGGCUCGUCAUCCCCAUCUUCCCUGGCUUCUCUAUUCGUGGCUUGGAGCAGCUCGCCGUUGGGUCACCGCUUGCCGUCGCCUCGCCUAUCGUUGUCGUCUCGCCGGUUGCGAUCCGUGUCUCCGUCGAAGGUUAGUGAUGGAUCUGUUUAAUUUUGCUUCUGGUUACUGAUGGCUCUGUUAGUCUGUUUAAUUUUGCUUCGCAUCCGCCCCUUCCUUUUAAUUUUGCCAUGAAGGUUUAGUGUUGGCUUCAACUUUCAAAUGGGAAUUGGGAGCUGGUGAAGAUAAUAACAUCUUCUGGAACUGUUGUUUUACUGCCUGAUGGAAAAUUUGAUGCAGUUUGACUGGUGAUGAAGACAAACAUAUCAAGAUUAUUACUCGGAAAAAUGGAGCAGUGUUGAUAAUUGUCUUGGACAUAAAGUGCAGUCCUGUGGAACCUAUUUUUGUAUCUGCAGCAGAUCUGGAGGCAGGACAAAGUAGCACAAUUACAAGAACAUAUGCAGGACAAUUCAUAACUGAAGGGUUUUUGAAGCUAAAUAUAAAGAAAUGGUUAAGGUCAUUGAUUACACACAGCAAGAGUAAGCCCUAGCUACUUCCCAACCCAAAAAUCCAGCUUCUUGGACGGCACCGCCGCCGCCGCCGUUCGUCUGUGUUGGCGUCUCAGCGGCCUCUUCCUUCUCCUUCUCCACGGCGUCUCCCCUUUCUAGCUCGGCACGUCUUCCAUUCACAGGUGAAAUCGCUGCUCGAGGCCUUCAGCUGGUGCGCCGUGGUGUCGCUGUCGUCCCGCUGUCGUCUUCCUGCUGUCAGUGGAAGGUAACAUGAAAGACAAAUUUUGCCGGAUGUAGGUGAAGAUAUAGAUGAGAUGUAUGAUGAAUUGUUUAAAAAUUAUGGAAAAGUGGUAUUUAAGAGGAAAGAUUAAAAGCCUGCUACUGCAGAGGUUGAUGAUGAUGCCGAAAGCCUAUCGUUUGAAUCACUGGUUGGACCGGUUGGACCAGUGAACCAAUGAACCAGUGACUAAAACGGUUUGAUGACCAGUCCGGUUUUCAGAACCUUGGUUUUUAGGUCUCACCUGUUGUCCUCUUCCCCCAACGCCACAAGAUAGCGCCACCGCUGCCACCAUCAUCACCACAAUCCUUCUAUGCUGUUGUGGAAACGAGUCCAUUUCCACAAUGCUUCCGGACUGCUCACAAGGUUCCUCCCUCGCCGAUCGCAGCACCACUGUUCCGCUGACGCAGACGCCGUUGUCGUCACGCGAGAUCUCCCUAAUCGUAACUGGCGACUCCCCCUCCGUUUCUGCGUAUGGGUCGCACUCAAGUUCGAGAGCCUCGUGGACCAGCAUUCCCGUAACGAGGUAAGUUGCACUCUCGCCACUAAGGAGUGGUGCUCCCUUUACUGGGACGCGCUCCAGCUUCUGAAGAAAUCUGGGAUUUUCGUAAGUUCUGAAUCUGUUAGAGCCCUCAUAAGGACCUAUUCCUAUAUGGAUCUUGCUGAAGAAGCCAUUCAGUGUUUUGAUAGAAUGUCUGAGUUCAAUUGUGAGCCUGAUGCUCACGCCUAUAACACUAUCUUGAAGGUUGUGCUCAAGAAAGACUUGUUUGUGUUGGCUUUUUCGCUCUAUAAUGUUAUGCUUAGGUCUAAUUCUUUGCCAGAUGAUCACACUUACACUCUCUUGAUUGGUGGAUUCUGUAAGAUUGGAAACUUCAAUGCUGCCCUGGAGAUGCUCGAUGAUAUGAGCAAGAGGGGUGUGCUGCCUGAUGUUAAGACGUAUACGGCUAUUAUUUAUGGCCUCUGUCAGUGGAAGAAGGUUGAUGAGGCGUUUAGGUUGUUUAACACUAUGAAAGAAAAUGGGUGCUUGCCUACUUUGCGCUGUUAUAAUGUCUUGAUUGAUGGGUUUUGUAUGAACGGGAGGACAGAUGAAGCGCUUUCUUUGCUGUCUUUGUUGAGGAAAGAUGGUUUUGCUCUUAAUCUGCAGAGUUACCGUUCUCUGAUAAAUAGCUUCAUUCACGCCAAGAGAUAUAGUGAAUAUAGUGAAUGGUACACCAAGAUGUUUAAGAGGGGAAUUGUGCCGGAUGUUACUUUAUAUGCUAUCAUGAUACGUGGUUUGUCCGAAGAGGGUAGGGUUGGUGAAGCUGCAAAGAUGUUAGAUGAGAUGAUUGGGAUGGGUUUAGUACCAGACGCCUAUUGUUACAAUGCAUUAAUCAAAGGUUUUUGUGACAUAGGUCGUUUGGACCAAGCUAGAUCUCUUCAGCUUGAGGUUUCCAAGGACGAACAGUUUCAUAAUGCUUACACCUACACCAUUCUCAUCUGUGGCAUGUGUAGGAAUGGAAUGGUUGGAGAGGCACGGGAGAUAUUUAAUCAGAUGGAAAAACUUGGAUGUCUCCCUUCAGUUGUGACCUUCAGUGCUCUGAUGCAUGGCCUUUGCAAGGCUCGCAGAAUUGAGGAAGCACACCUUUUACUGCACGAGAUGGAGAUUGGGAGAAGCCCAUCUUUGUUUUUCCGGCUUUCUCAGGGUUCUGACAGGGUUUUUGAUAGUGUUAGUCUCCAGAAAAAGGUGGAGCAAAUGUGUGAGGCUGGUGAAGUUUUGAAUGCUUACAAGCUUCUCAAACAACUUGCUGGGAGUGGGGUUGUGCCUAACAUUAUCACAUACAACAUUUUAAUCAAUGGUUUUUGCAAAACUGGUAAUAUCAAUGCUGCUAUCAAGCUUUUCAAGGAGCUGCAACUAAAGGGGAUCUCACCUGAUUCUAUUACUUAUGGGACACUUGUUGAUGGACUUUAUAGGGCUAACAGAGAAGAUGACGCCUUUAAGAUCCGUGAACAUAUGUUGAAGCAUGGUUGUCAACCUGGAUUAUCAAAUUCUAAUGCCCAUAUGAGCUGGUUAAACAAAAAGGGGAAGGUCUCGAUGGCCUUCAAUCUUUACUUUGAAUAUCUGAAAAGCCUUCCGAGGUGGGAUAAUGAUUCAAUCAACGUGUUGGAGAACCAUUUUAUCAGAGGAAAUGUGAAAGAAGUAAUUCGAGGCUUACUGGAAAUGGACUUCAAGUGUAGAGAUUUUAAUUUAGCUCCAUAUACAAUUCUAAUUACUGGGUUCUGUAUGGCAAAAAAGGUAGAUGAAGCAUUAGCUAUAUUUUCUGUUCUUGGUGAGUUCAAUAUUAAUAUCAAUCCUACAAGUUGUGUACAUUUGAUUGAUAUUCUCUGUGAGGAAGGGAAGCUGGAUGAUGCAGUAAACAUAUUCCUCUACACCCUAGAAAAAGGUUUCAUGUUGAGGCCAAGAAUUUGUACCAAGCUCCUCAAAUGUCUCCUUCUUUCGAUAGAUAAAAAGGACUAUGCUAUUGAUCUUGUUGACAGGAUGCAGUCCAAUGGAUACUGUUUGAAUUCACAUCAGUAUGACAAAGCAAUGUACGUUAUUCAACGGUUAAGGAGAAGGAGGAGCAAUAAAAUGCAGAAUUUUGAAAUGAUUGAAUAACUCCGACUAUUCAAGAUGGAUAUCAUUCUUUAUUUCGCUCCUCAUUGAUAUCCUGUUAAGGGAGAAUGGUUAUGAAUCGGGUUGCUUGCUACACUUUCAGGAUGAACCAAAGGUACAAGGGAUAGGAAUGCUUAGCUGCAAUAUCUGGCUUGAGCAUUAGGCCCGAGCCUAGCUAUGUUGCGAGUGUGCUCGAGCAUGGUAAAAUUUUGACAAUGUGCUCGAGUACAGCAUAAACACACUCUAGAACAACAAUGCAUAAACAGAAAAAUCUGUUCUCAAGCUUAAUGAUUAGUAAAAUGCCCCUUAGUAGGUAUAAAGUCAACAUUGGUGCAUGCCUAACCUAACCUAACCUAACCUAACUUCUUCCCAGAAGACUAAGGAAGCUGAGGAAAAGUGUUUGAGAGAAGACUGAAUGUUUUGGAGGUUCAUUUGAGGCACUUGAGACUUUCUCAGGCUCGUCUUUGUAUCUCAUAUGGAGGAUUCCACCUGUACUUCAUUUUCUUCACUUUUCUUAAUAUCUUUGUGGUUCACUUUCCCAUAACCUGAUGUGAUGUUUAAGAGUGUGUACCAUAAACUAAUAGGAUUUCCUUCAAAUUUAGAAUACCUGAGAGUGAAAAUUGGAUUGUAUGAACAUGCUAGUGAUUGAGAGUUACUACAAGUGACUACUCAUCACCGCUUGCCCUGCUUUGUUCAAUGUCUUUUCAGUCAUUUAAUUGUUUCUCCUCUUUCCUACUUUAAGUUUUGCUCAGGAGACUCUAGAUGUUCCAGAUUGCUAGGUUUUGGAAUUUGGGUACAAAAGAUGCUAUGCUCUUUUGCCUAUUCUUACCAAAGAAUUUGCUUCUAGUUAUAUGUUUAUAGGCAAAGUAUUUGAUGGAACUCUCCAAGAGAGCUCCAUUAGAUGGAGUUGCCCAAUUAUUUACAAAAAGGUCCCAACUCACUAUGAUAUAUUUACACCCCAAGCGACAACCAGCGGCGAGAUCUUAAAUAGCAGAACAAACUUGAAAAUUGAUCUGAGACAACUUCUUGGGACAAAACCCUGUUAUCCAGGAUGUUGCAUUCGCUUCCCUCUCUUGGCGUGUAUAGUUAAGCCGAAAUUGAAUGUUAAUCUCCCAAUUUGCUUAUAUAGUCAAUCUCUACAAUCUCUAAUAUACUCCAUUAAUAGUGUGUUAUGUAGUUUGUGAGUUUUAUCAUU